AUGUACUGCUUUGUAAUCGGCGGCCUCUCGGUAUGGUCAAUACCUUUUCUAGUUGAUGGGCCGAUGGAGCUUACCAACAUGACGGCAUCAAUGAUCAUGGGCGGUACCACAGCACUUACCGGUAUCAUUGGAUCCAUCGUCGGAGGCGUUGUAGUGGACAAACUUGGAGGGAGCCUUGGCUCUUCAGGCACUAUGAAGUGUCAGCUUUUUUGCGUCGUCAUGAUUGCCGUCAGCGUCCCCGUAGGACUUGCUGCAUUGUUCAUGGAAGUUACUUGGCUGUUUACAUCGCUUCUGGUGGUUUCGGUGUUUACUCUCUUUGCAGUCACAGCACCCAUUAACUCAGCAAUACUAACAGUGGUCCCAUGGGAUCAAAGGGCAUAUGCCGUGAGUUACUCCGUUCUUCUUAUUCACUUGCUAGGCGAUUUCCCGUCACCAACACUUGCUGGUUAUCUCUCUGACAAUGCCUUCUCGAGAGGAUGUCCGGCGCAUGGUAAUAACACCCAGUGCAGAAACGACAUUGACAAUUUAUGCAAGUGGAUAAACAAAACGGGUAAUAGCACGGAUGGACACUGCGUCAGCAAGUAUCAGCUACGUAAUGCUCUUCUUGUGAUAUUCGCAUUCCUUGGUCUUGCAAUUCCGUGCUGGCUUGCCGUCUACUGCAUAAUGUUGCGUGAGGCGAGUGCACCUCACUCCAAUGCGGACAGCGAAGGUAGCGAAACGGGGGGAAACAAAAAAACUGAGGAGGCUGAAAAGGCUAAUUCGUAG